CCCUGUCUGGUCACAGCAGUCCCCACAGUCUGGGAAACAGCCGCCUACACUCACUCUCCAGACAUGAGGACAUCUGUGGUCUUCGGGCUGUUGGCCCUCUUCCUGGUGUCGGCCCUCGCGGAGGAGGAGAGCAAGGCGGCUGCGGCUGCGCCCGCGCCGGAGGCGGACAAGAAGCAGGCGAAGCGCGGCCUCUUCGACCUGGGCUACGGCCACUACGCGCCGGCGCACGCCCCGCACGUGGUGCACGUGCCGCAGCCGCACCCCGUGCCCUACCCGGUGGACCGGCCCGUGCCGCACCCCGUGCCCGUCCCCGUGGACCGCCCGGUGCCCGUGCACGUGCCCGUCGACCGCCCCUACCCCGUGCAGGUGCCCGUCGACCGGCCCGUGCCCGUGCCCUACAAGGUGCCCGUCCACGUGCCGCAGCCCUACCCCGUCGAGGUGAAGGUGCCCGUCGACAGGCCCGUGCCCUACCCCGUGCCCGUCAGGGUCGAGGUGCCCGUGGACCGCCCCUACCCGGUUGAGGUGAAGGUGCCCGUCGACCGGCCCGUGCCCGUGCACGUGCCGCAGCCCUACCCCGUGGACCGCCCGGUGCCCGUGCCCGUGCCCGUCGACCGCCCCUACCCGGUGCACGUGAAGGUGCCCGUCGACCGGCCCGUGCCCUACCCCGUGCCCAAGCCGUACCCCGUGGCCGUGGACCGCCCCGUGCCCUACCCCGUCCAGAAGCCCGUGCCCUACCCCGUCGACCGGCCCGUGCCCCACCCCGUGCCCGUGCCCGUCGACCGCCCCGUGCCCGUCGCCGUGCCCAGGCCGUACCCCGUCCACGUCGACAGGCCCGUGCCCGUGCCCGUCGACCGACCUGUCCCCGUCCCCGUCAAGGUCCCCGUGCCGGUGCACCCAGCGCCCGCCCACCUGCCGUACCACGGCUGAGCCGCGGCGCAGCCUGACCGACCCGGCAGUCAGCUGACCGCGCUGGGUGACCGCCCAGCCGCAGCAGCCAGCUGACACGACACCCCCCGGCAGUCGCCCUGGCCGCAGCACGACCACCACCCGAUCACACACAUCCGCCCUGCUCUCCGCCGCCGCAUUCUCUCUCCUCUCACUCCUUCACUCUUCGCCUCUCUCUCUCCUUUUACUUCACUGACGUGCACUCUUCUGCGUCAUUACUUUAUAUCUAUACGCAAUAAUACUACAUUAUUGUUAUUAUCGUACAUAAAUAUUUAUAAUGUUGAUGACGUAUCAAGAGUUUUGUAAUGUAUUUUGCAACAAUAUUUUUUUAGAAUAAAAUAGAUUGUUUUGCAAAAA